AUGGAUGCUGCACAGCAUAUACAAGGUAAUACCGUCAAAUAUUAUUUUAAAGGCAGUUCAAGCAAAGCAGACGUCAUUAGCGCCGUUUCUAAUCAAGUCAUGGAGGAGAAUAAAACUUAUACAAAGUAUGAUCCAAGCCGACAAUUGAAUUUAGCCAAAGUACAAAAUCAACGCGAAAAUAUGAUACUCAAAGAGAAAAUUAGUCAACUAAAUCGUGAAGGUGCUCAUCGCUUGAGCAAUAUAUCGAGUGAACAAAAAUUAUUUAAGAAAAAACAACAAAACCUUAAAAAGUCUAAAAUAACAUCCGAUCACGAUACGGCUAACCAACAAGAUAAUCAUCAUCGCCAUAAUAAAGGUCAUUCUAACGGUCAUCAUCAUUAUCAUCGUCAUCAUGAUAGCAAUUUGCCUAGUAUUUCAGGCCAUAAAAUUUGCCAAGAAAAAACUUGGAUUGUGGUCGAUUACGACAAUCGCGAUAGUAAUGUUAAUAGGGAACAAGAUCUUAAAAGAAAUAUCGCUCUAUCCAAGAGUUCAUCAUCAACGGAUAUUGUCUUAUUACCAUUAGAAAAUUAUAAGAAAAAUUUAGUGGCAUCAUCAAAUCAUAAUUCCGCUAAUGCUAAAGUGUCCAACGCACAUCGAUCGCAAGAGCACACAGUGAAGAUGCCGCCAAUUGAACAAAAUCAACAUCGUAAUAAUAUUGGUCAAACUAAUGAAUCCAAUAGAUCAAGUAUGGAAAAUCUACCUGCAUUAAUAUCCAAUAAGAAAGACAUUAUCGAAAAUCGUUUAUUAUCUAGUAAGCGCGAUAGAGCGGAUAGUGGUAAUAGGAAAAAUAAUAAUGAUAAAAAAGAUGAACCCAGUGCUAACCAUACUCAUCAACUAUAUCCUCAAAUAAAUACAUCGACCAACAUUUCUGGUAAGAUUACUAAAGCUGAUUUAAAGAAGAAUGAAAAUCUACGAAAAAUGAUGGAAGAAUUAAGUAAGUGUACGUACUUACGGCAUCCCAAAUGCAACUCUGAUAAUGCAGCAUUUCCCCCAGUAUUGGAGAUUCAGAGUAAGCCAGUUUGGACGUUAACUGGAUAA